CUUGUAAUUUUUCUAUUUGAAAAAGGAAACACCAUUUGAGUUUUCUGUCACCGCCACCCAUUACGUUUCUUCUCUCAUAAUCCUUGCUCGACAAAUUUCUCUCAUUUUCUGUUUGUCUCUCUCUACAAAAUUCCUAUGACUUUUCCAACUUUCAUUGUCUCAAAACGCGUCAGUGCAGCCCAAUGAAGAAGGUUGGUCCUCGGUACAGAAUAUAAAUAUCUCCUUGUUAUUCGAGGUGAUUCACCCUUUCCCGCUCUAGAAUGUCUUGAUUUUCAAGCAACUUCUGUUGACCGCCAUUUCAUCACAGAUAAAAGAUUCCUUUCUAUCUAUUCAUAGUCGUCUGUUUGUAAAUUAUUGAGGAGGUUUCAUCAUUACUCAGCUGUACUUUCUUCUGGGUUUGUGGUUGUUUCUAAUGAUCUGUUGCUGUUGUUCUGUUUUGGGAAUGAAUUUGAUUUGAACCAGCUAUCUGGGUUUUCCAUGAAUCGGUUAAGUGAUGCAUUCUGCCGCCGUAGAGGCAUUUGAUCUGUGGAUCACGGCCUCAAGACAGCAUCUUUCCAUCCCAUCACCUACAAUUCUCAAUACCCGAGAUCUAGAUACCCCACCUGUCUCAUCUGAGAUAGAGAAACCCAAUUCAACCUAUCCUACAAUGAAUUCUGGGAUGGAUUCGAAAUCCCCACUUGAGAAUCCAUCCAAUACGGAAUUCGCUGGUAGUACUUCGUCGCGACCGAGCAUUUCUUCCCUUCAAUACAAGGCUUCUGCUGGGAAUUCGAUAAAGGAAGUAGCUUUUGGUGAUUCGGGAUCGAGGCCCGUGCGGUAUGGAUCCCGGGGAGCUGAAUCGGAGGCUUUGAGCACGUCCCAGAAGGAGAUCAACGAGGAAGAUGCAAGGCUGGUUUAUAUAAAUGAUCCUGGGAAGACGAACGAGAGAUAUGAGUUUGCUGGUAAUUCGGUUCGAACCUCAAAAUACUCGAUCGUCACAUUCUUGCCUAAGAACUUGUUUGAGCAGUUUCAUAGAGUAGCGUAUAUAUAUUUCCUUGUGAUUGCUGUGCUUAAUCAGCUGCCCCAGCUUGCGGUUUUUGGCCGGGGAGCUUCCAUUUUGCCUUUGGCCUUUGUCCUUCUGGUUACGGCUAUUAAGGAUGCAUAUGAGGACUAUAGGCGGCAUAGGUCAGAUAAGAUUGAGAACAAUAGGCUGGCAUUUGUUUUGGUGAAUGGUCAGUUUGAACAAAAGAAAUGGAAGCACAUUCAGGUUGGGGAGGUAAUCAAAAUUCAUGCAAAUGAAACCAUGCCUUGUGAUAUGGUUCUACUUUCAACAAGUGACCCAACUGGAGUUGCUUAUGUGCAGACUACUAAUUUAGAUGGAGAGUCGAAUUUGAAGACAAGGUAUGCAAAACAGGAGACCCUUUUAAAGAUUAAUGAGGGGAAGUUUUCUGGGUUGAUUAAGUGUGAGAAACCCAACAGGAACGUAUAUGGGUUUCUUGCAAACUUGGAAAUUGAUGGGAAACUGCUGUCUCUAGGACCCUCCAAUAUUAUUCUUCGAGGCUGUGAGCUUAAGAAUACUGCUUGGGCACUUGGGGUUGUUGUGUAUGCUGGCCGAGAAACCAAAGCUAUGCUCAACAGCUCAGGAGCCCCAUCUAAGAGGAGUUGGCUUGAGACCCGUAUGAACUAUGAGAUUAUCACACUCUCUUUUUUUCUUGCUGCUCUCUGUACUGUUGUUUCUGUCUGUGCAGCUGUUUGGUUGAGGCGCCACAGAGAUGAGUUAGAUUACAUAGUCUUUUUUGGGAAACAGGAAUACUCUACGGGUGCAGCAAAGGACUACAACUACUAUGGUUGGGGAGCAGAGAUGUUUUUAACAUUCCUCAUGGCAGUUAUUGUGUUCCAGAUAAUGAUUCCCAUUUCAUUGUACAUUUCUAUGGAGCUUGUCCGUGUUGGUCAGGCCUACUUCAUGAUUCGCGAUACACAGAUGUAUGAUGAGGCUUCUGAUUCAAGGUUUCAGUGCAGGUCCUUGAAUAUAAAUGAAGAUUUAGGACAAAUAAAGUAUGUGUUCUCUGACAAAACUGGUACUCUUACCGAGAACAAGAUGGAAUUUCGGUGUGCAAGCAUUUGGGGUGUAGAUUUUAGUGGUGGGAAUGGAGCUUCACAAAAUCAGCAAAAUGGUUACUCUGUUCAAGUGGAUGAGAACAUUUGGAGGCCAAAGAUGAGUGUAAAGGUUGAUCCAGAGCUUCUGAGAUUUUUAAGAAUGCGAAAGGAUGCUAAAGAAGACAAUCAUGUUCAUGAUUUCUUCCUUGCACUGGCAGCUUGCAAUACAAUUGUUCCUCUUGUUGUAGACACAUCUGAUCCCCAUGUAAAGUUGGUAGAUUACCAAGGGGAGUCUCCAGAUGAACAGGCAUUGGUUUAUGCUGCUGCAGCAUAUGGAUUCAUGCUGAUGAAACGAACUACUGGUUAUAUUGUUAUCGAUGUUCAAGGAGAUAAGCAAAGAUUCAAUGUUUUGGGCUUGCAUGAGUUUGACAGUGACCGGAAGAGGAUGUCUGUUAUUUUGGGAUGCCCUGACAAGACUGUAAAAGUCUUUGUAAAAGGUGCUGAUACAUCCAUGUUUAGUGUGAUAGACAGAUCUUUGAAUAUGGAUGUAAGACACACAACUGAAGUCCAUCUUCGUUCUUACUCCUCUUUGGGUUUGAGAACACUUGUUAUUGGCAUGAGGGAACUGAGUGCCACAGAAUUUGAGCAAUGGCACUCUUCUUUUAAGGCAGCAAGCACUUCUCUGAUUGGUAGGGCUGCUUUGCUUCGAGAGGUUGCUGGUAAUGUAGAAAACAGGCUAUGCAUACUGGGUGCCACUGGCAUUGAAGAUAAAUUGCAGCAAGGAGUACCAGAAGCCAUAGAAUCUCUGAGAAUGGCAGGAAUAAAAGUAUGGGUGUUGACUGGUGACAAGCAAGAAACUGCCAUAUCAAUUGGCUACUCCUCCAGGCUUCUCACAGACCAGAUGACUCAAAUUCAAAUUAACAGUAACUCUACUGAAUCAUGUAGGAGGAGGUUGGAUGAUGCCAUGGCAAUGAGUGAUAAUAACACUGGGGGAACUUCUGGUGCUGGUUCGGCAUUGAUAGCCUUGAUCAUUGAUGGUACCAGCCUUGUUUACAUACUUGACAGUGAACUUGAAGAAAAGCUCUUCCAACUGGCCAGUAGGUGUUCUGUGGUUCUAUGUUGCCGGGUAGCCCCUUUGCAAAAAGCUGGAAUUGUUGCCCUUGUAAAGAAAAGGACUGCUGACAUGACACUUGCUAUUGGAGAUGGAGCUAACGAUGUUUCCAUGAUCCAAAUGGCUGCUGUGGGAGUUGGUAUCAGUGGCCAAGAGGGUCGGCAAGCUGUAAUGGCAUCAGAUUUUGCAAUGGGUCAGUUCAGAUUCUUAGUUCCACUUUUGUUGGUUCAUGGGCACUGGAAUUACCAGCGGAUGGGCUACAUGAUCUUGUACAAUUUUUACAGGAAUGCAGUGUUUGUCCUUAUUUUAUUUUGGUAUGUGCUUUUUACUUGUUUCACUCUGACAACUGCAAUCACUGAGUGGAGCAGUAUGUUAUAUUCUGUAAUCUAUACCUCAGUGCCUACAAUUGUUGUUGGUAUUCUUGACAAGGACCUGAGCAGGAAUACUCUUCAGAGGUGGCCUCAGCUCUAUGGGGCUGGGCACAGACAAGAGUGCUACAACAAUAGAUUAUUCUGGCUUACAAUGAUUGACACUUUGUGGCAGAGCAUUGCUGCCUUCUUUGUUCCUCUUUAUGCAUAUUGGGGCAGUACCAUAGAUGGAUCAAGUCUAGGAGAUCUUUGGACUCUGGCAGCUGUUAUAUUGGUUAAUCUACACUUGGCUAUGGAUGUUAUUCGAUGGAAUUGGAUUAGUCAUGCAGCCAUUUGGGGAUCUAUAAUUGUCAGUUUUGUUUGUGUUGUCAUCAUUGAUGCUUUACCAAUUUUACCUGGUUACUGGUAUGUCUCCUUUUCUUCACCUAUAUUAACAUCUGAAUUUUUCCUUGCACAAUUUUGUGUAUUUCUUUCCAGUGACAAUCUUAAGCAUGACCCUGAUUCUAUUUUUCUAUCCAGUUCCUUUCAAAAUUAUUGUACGUAGGGUCUGCGUUAAGUACUGAUUACUCCUGAUAUUUCCAACAGCUGUGCUUAGAGAAGUACCAUGCUGGCUAGCACACUUCAAGUUCAAUUGCUCUUCUAUUUUGUGACAAUAGGAAGUUUAGUUUUGUUUCCAUAUGAAAUUUCAACAAUUUCUAUUGUAUAUUUUUUUCUGAUCCUCGGUGCUUUGUUAUAAUUUGACAGGGCCAUCUUUCACAUUGGGAAGACAAGGUUGUUUUGGUUGUGUUUGCUUGUCAUUGUUGUGUCUGCAUUGAUUCCUCGUUUUGUCAUAAAAGUUCUCUAUCAAUACUACAGACCUUGUGACGUUCAGAUUGCGAGGGAGACAGAGAAGUUGGGAAAUCAGGGAGAGUUAGGAGCUGUAGAAAUAGAAAUGAACUAAAUCUUGGAUCCUCCCAGGAGAUGAAAGGUGGUUUGUUCUUUCACAUUUUUUCUUCUUUUUUGUGAAGUAUGGCAUUCUUUAGGCCUCACCAGGGUAUCAUUACUCAUGAUGGCUGGAUUUUCAUUGUCGGAUAUCCAAAGGAUAGAGAGUUUAUUACUCUUUAGGUUGUGUUUCAUAUUUGUUGUAUUCUAUAAAAUUAUCAAAUGUAAAUUAGCAUUUUUUGCAGAACAAAGAAAACCAUAUAUACAUCAAUACAUGGGUGUCACAAUGGAAAAGUUAAAUAGCACAUUUUUGUUGCCUUUCCUUGGCAAUCUAUAUGGGAGUGAUGUUGGGGCAUCUGUGAAAGAAAUCGACCAAAAUCAAUUUGUUUCAUGGUGUUUGAUGGCAGAAAUCAAUACUGCAUCCUCGU